AUGGCUUCGACAAACGAUGGCGACGGCAAUGGCGACAACUCUCAUCCCCCGUAUCUUCCGCCUAAGUACAUUGCCUCGAAACGGAAUCAGUCAACGACAACGACGACGACGCAACCUGCGGACGAUGGCGAUGGCGAUAAUAACAUGGACGUGGACGCGGACGGGGACAUGGAUGUCGACGUCGACGACGACGACGACCCCGGUACGUCCUGGUUUGCAGAGCACAAAGCGCCCGAGAAGGUAUUGCGGUUCCUCACGUCGAAAAAGUUUCCUCUCUCGCCGCGGAACACGAUCCCGAGUACGCGGCGACGACGGCCGCAACAGCAGCAGCGGCAGCAUCGUGAGCCUAGCAUCCUCGACCUGGGCACCGGGAAUGGCAGCAUGCUUGCCCUGCUCCGCAAGAAAGGCGGGUUCAAGGGUCCCAUGGUCGGGGUCGAUUACUCGCCGCAGAGCGUGCAGCUGGCGCGGGAGCUGCAGCGAUUGAAGCUGCAUUCGGCGUAUGAGUCGGGAUUGGAAUCUGAGGAGGAAGAGGAGGAAGAAGACUACGAGGAUUUGGAUGCCAUCGGCGGUGCAUCCCACCCCAGCAGUGACAACCACACCCCCGACCCAGAUGACGAAGAGCACGAGGAGCUCGUGGCCGCAGACGACGUCGGCUCGGCUCAGGCCGUCCGCGUCUCGGACGAAAUCCGCUUCGAGGAGUGGGAUAUCCUUGCGCCGGGGAACGAGGAAGCUCUGACAACAGCGUCGUCGGGCGCAAACAGAAUCGACUGGUUCCCCUACAAAACAGGCGGUUUCGACAUCGUCCUCGACAAGGGCACCUUUGACGCCGUCUCCUUGUCGGCAGACGUCAUCGACGACGACGAGGAUGACGACAAGGAAAAAGAAAAGAAAGGCGACAAACGCGUCCAGCGGCGCGUCUGCGAACGCUACCCGCGCAUCGCGACAAAACUGGUCCGCAAGGGCGGCUUCCUGGUCGUCACGAGCUGCAACUGGACGGAGGACGAGCUGAUUCGGUGGUUUACGGCGAGGAACGAUCAAGAUGAAAAGGAUGGGCUCGACGUCUGGGAUCGCAUCGAGUAUCCGCGGUUCCGGUUCGGGGGGCAGGAAGGUCAGGGGGUUUGUACGAUAGAUGUGGAUAUAGAUGUAGUUAUGGAAUGA